CAGGCGAUGGGGAGGGUGAACUCUGCCCUCGGGCCGCGGGGGCCUAAGAUGGCGGCUCCGGAGCCUGCGGAUGCGCUGGGAAGAGAGAGUAUAAAGGAGAAAGCGAGGCUCCGCUUGAGGCAGUUCGAUGUUGGAGACAAAUUCUCCCGGUUGCCGCUGCGCAAAGCCUCUGUCCUCCUGCCGCUGAUGGUGAGGGAGGGGAAGCUGCACUUGCUGCUCACGGUCAGGUCGCUGCAGCUGAGAAGAUCACCAGGGGAAGUGUGUUUUCCAGGAGGUAAAAAAGAAGCAACUGAUAGAGAUGAAAUUGAUACAGCUCUCCGAGAAGCCAAAGAAGAAGUGGGACUCCAGCCAGAGAAGGUGGAAGUUGUCUGUAGGCUUGUGCCUGGAAUUGAUAAAAUGAAUCACUUGGUAACACCAGUUGUAGGAUUUAUAGAGGAUACAUUCCAGGCCACUCCUAAUCCAGAUGAAGUGAGUGAUGUUUUUGUUGUGCCACUGGAGUAUUUUGUCAAGCCCUUAAAUUACAACACAUUGCCUUACAAAACCUCAUCUGGUUAUUCAAGUCGGAUGCACUGCUUUAUGUAUGAGGACCGUGAACAUCAAAUGUCAUUCAAGAUAUGGGGACUUACUGCUCACUUUGCUGUAUUUCUUGCUCUUGUAAUUUAUGGAAAGAGACCCACUUUUGAAGUUGAUUAUGAUCUUAACAACUUAAUUUCAUCUGCUGAGAAUAACUUCCUCAAUUUAUAUGCAUCUUUACAUGAAGGAAAGAAGAGCAAUCUGUGACAAACUGGUCUGGGAAUUAAUGGAAGGAGGAAAAAGGCUUUUGUUUAUUCCCUUUGUACCUAUUAUUUGUUUGAAGUUCACACUUAAAUUUCUUCUGAAUUGGGAACCUAACAUAAUUUAAGUACUAUUUUUAAUUUGACAAGCCCUAACUAGAUUAAUAUAAUUUUUAGUCUGCUACAGACUUGCCAAAAGCACAUAUUUUUUAUGGACUUAAUGUACAAUUUUGGAAGGUCUGUUUCACUUUCUGCCUUUGUUUCAUGUGAUCCAAGAUGUUUUCUGUAGUUUGCCUUCUGCAUAAAGAGAUAUUAUUUAAUUUUUGUGUGUUUGAAUUAGAGUAUGAAAACUUUUGGGGGUCUGUCUUGCUGUGUGGCAUACUACAUGUGGACAACAUAAUCCAUAGAGUCUUGUGGUAUACAGUCUUUAAGCACUUAUGAAAUGCAUAAUAAAAUAGAAAAGGUGUUA